CCGGGGAGUCGGCUCGCUCAGUCGUAUUCGAACCGCGCAUCAGCCAGGGUCGCGCGCCACCCUCUCUCACGAGACCGCGGCUCCUCCGCUGUGUGCAUGCGCGCAUACUCCAGCUUGUCACGCGAGACUUACCACGUUGUGCGUUGUCUUGGAGCAUUGUGCUUCGUGCAUAUGGAUGUUGACAGACAUGAGACAUCUAUGAGAACUCGAAAGUGCACUGGCACGCAACAGACGACACUUUAAACUACCCCGCAUGUUUCAGUCGCCUCGAUUUUAAAUCGUUGUUGUCCCCGUCAUCACCCUCUCGCGACAGUGUGUUGGCCGCUCGCUCUCCGCUCGGAAAAUCUAAGCGCGAUACCGGAAUAUCGCUGCCAAUCGUUCAAUUAUUAAUUAAUUAUUCCUUGGCAGAUCGAACGAUCGUGCAACAAGAUCCACGUGUAAUCGGGCACCGACUUCAAUUGCGUCACGCGAGAUCAUCACCGUUCGGUCGUUCGAGGAACGUGCUGAAACCGUCAUCGACGUCGUCGCUCCUCGCUCGAUAUCCUCUGUAUAACGGCACGCGUGAUGGCACGCUCGGGCGAAUGAAAAAUACGAUAACGUAGCGUAUCGGAUCAUUUUCCAUCGGAAGAAAUAUCGCGGCGACGAGAACGGUCACCUGACCCCCCGCGAAUCAAACUCUAGCGCGCGUAUUUCCUUUCAAAGACUAUCGCGCACGCGGAAUCCGUACACAUUAUUCACAGCGUCGACGAUCAUUGGUGAUCGAGUGUGCAUCGAUUGACAGGUGAAAAGGAUAUAUAUAUAUAUAUAUACAUAUAUACAUAUACAUAUAUAGAGAGAGAGAGAGACUCGCGUCGGGCGGAGUUGCUCCCCGGGCAGCGACCUGCACGGGGCAGAGGCACCCCGUAAUUUGCGCGCGCGCGACAUCCUUUCGACGUGCACGAAGCCAAUCCUCCUCGGCGCGCACGACGGAAGAGGGUAGAUCUUCCUCGAGGUUGACAUGAUCUAGUCUAACGUUACGUUCCCGUUGUGCACCGGUGCCGAACUCGGCACCUGGUCCUCGGCCACCCCUUGUUCUCCUUCCUUCACCCUUCCCCCUCCCGUCAUUCCCAAGGGUUAUCGCGUGUGUCAGUGCAUGUGUAUGUGUGUGCGCGCGCGCGCGCGCGCUCCCGUUGACGAACAUAAACCCGUGCCCGUCGGGGAUGGAGCGUAACUUUGCACAUUAGCUGAGUCUCGAGGCGUCGACGCGAAGCUGUAACCACCCUGCGACCAUCACGAUGCUAGGAACGUGCUUGAUGACCGAUGCGGUCAGGACCGCGGAUAGUUAGUGAUGAGGAGGAGUAAGUUAUCGGCGUGCCGACGGCCCAGGUCACCAGUAACAUGCCAGUCCUUGGUCCCAGCGCCGAUCCAACUCCACUUCGAGGACUUCUGAUCGCCGCUUUCGUCCUAUUGUCCCUGCCGCGUUGUCGCUGCACGGAUCUAGGACAAUGCGCUACAGCGCUGGGCAUGGAAAGCGGAGAAAUCCCCGAUGAAGACAUCUCGGCGAGUUCCAUGUACGAUCCCAGCCUUGGACCGAAACAUGCCAGGCUACGGCAAGACAAGGGCGGCGGCGCUUGGUGCCCGAAAAAUAUGGUGACCAAGGAAGGCAAGGAAUACUUGGAGGUGAAUCUGCACACUCCGCGUUUAUUGACGUCCACUAGAACGCAGGGCAGAUUCGGCAACGGUCACGGGGUCGAGUAUACCGAGGAGUACUUUGUCGAGUAUUGGCGACCGGGGUUCAACAAGUGGGUGCGAUGGAGGAAUCGGCGCGGCAUGGAGCUUUUGAUAGGCAAUAAUAAUCCGUACACGGAAAAGGAGCAGGUCUUUGAUCCAGCCAUAGUCGCGACAAAAUUCCGCUUUAUUCCCUAUACCUCUCAUAUGCGCAUAGUAUGCAUGCGCGUGGAGCUUUAUGGCUGUCCAUGGACGGAGGGUCUCGUCUCGUAUUCCAUGCCCCAAGGAAUCAAGAGAGGCUCCGAGGUUGACCUCUCCGACAGGACGUACGACGGCCGCGAGGAAGGAGGUUACCUCUCCGGGGGACUUGGUCAACUUGUCGACGGGCAAAAGGGUCCCGACAACUUCAGAUUGGACGUCAGCGGCAACGGAAAGGGAUACGAAUGGGUCGGCUGGCGGAACGACACACCCAACAUGCUUGGACGUCCGGUGGAAAUAACUUUCGAGUUCGACUACUCGAGGAACUUCACUGCCAUACACCUACACAUGAACAAUUACUUCACGAAGGAUGUGCAGGUCUUCUCGUACGCCAAGGUCUACCUCGGCACAGGUGGAAAUCAGUUCACCGGCGAACCUGUCCAUUUCUCUUAUAUACCUGAUCAGGUGCUCGAACAGGCGCGCGAGGUCACCAUAAAGCUGCACUCGCGCGCCGGCCGCUUCCUAAAGUUGCAACUUUACUUCGCGGCGCGGUGGAUCAUGCUCAGCGAGGUAAUCUUCGAAUCAGUUAUCUCCGAAUGGAAUAAUACUGAGGACGAGGAGGCGAAGAACAAGAGUACCAUUGUACUGGCGACCGGCAGCCCCUAUCAGACUAACGAGGGUCCACUGCAGAGGGACGAAGUGAAGGCUACUUUUAAUAAGGACGACAGCAAAGAUAACGCUUUUCCAGAUAAGAGCAAGGAACCGGAAUCGAGGCAGUUCGUCGGCUUAGUGAUUGGCAUCCUGACGACUGUAAUUGUGAUGCUGCUCGCAGCGAUCAUGUUUAUCUUCUAUAGAAACCGUAGACUCAAGGCUGCUCUCGCCCCAUCGACUUUCUACGAUCAGCAGGGUGAUCUCAAGGUCUCUGUGCCGGAGGAGAGUGAUGACAAAGGACCAAUUUGCCCUCCGCUUCCCACGCAAUAUCAUCCAGCCGGUUACAGCACGACGACGCCGCAGUUACAUAAAACUGUUACGGAUUAUACUGGGAUCACCUCGGAGGUGCAACCGGUUAUUCCGCUCUUGCUUAACUCGUCGAUCAAUCUCACCCGGCCAAUUCCAGCGGUCCAAGAAUAUCCGUCUAAUCCACCGCCCAUACCACCUCCGCCGGAAAAGUAUUACGCCAGUACAGAGAUCUGUAAGAGUCCCCUGCCACCCUUGCCACCCUCGCCGACGCCGAGUACACCGCCACCGAUGAGCGCAAAAGCCUCUAGCAGUAUGACUAGCUACAGUCCAGAAGAUAUGCUCACGGAGGAGGAGGAAGAAACACCCGAGUGUAUCCUCGACUUUCCGCGAGAGAAACUCAACAUUGUUGAGAAUCUCGGUUGCGGAUACUUUGGCGAUGUUCAUCUCUGUGAGGUCGACAGAUUUCCCGGAUACGACGAGGUCUUCAAGAAUACCAGCAGCGAUCUGGUCGUCGUUAAAUCCCUGAAACCGGGAUCUUCCGACGCUCUUAGGAUAGAAUUUCAACAGGAGGCAAAGAGACUGGUACGACUCGUCGAUCGAAAUGUCGCGCGGCUACUCGGUGCCAGCCUCGAAGACGAUCCCAUGUGCAUCGUAUUGGAAAACGGCGAGUAUGGGGAUUUGAAUCAAUACCUGCAGAGUCACAUCGCCGAAACGUCGAGCCUGCAUACUGCCAAGACACUCAGUUUCGGCACAUUGGUUUACAUGGCUACGCAAAUAGCAUCCGGCAUGAAGUAUCUUGAGGAAAUGGACUUCGUGCAUCGGGACCUUGCCACAAGGAAUUGUAUAGUGUGCGGCGGAUGUACCAUUAAGGUGUCCGAUUUAGGCAGUGGAAGAAGCACGUACGCGGCUGAUUACUUUCGUAUCGAAGGCCGUCCUCCGUUACCAAUUAGGUGGAUGGCAUGGGAAUCGAUGCUAAUGGGAAGAUACACGUGCAAAAGUGACGUCUGGGCGUUCGCCGUCACACUGUGGGAACUUUUGACGUUCGCACGGGAGCAACCCUUCGAGGAGUUCCCGGAUCAUCGAAUAGUGGAGAACGCGACUUACUUUUAUCAGGAGGAUGAGCGAAAGAUGAUACUACCACUGCCAAAGAACUGCCCUAAAGAGAUUUAUGACCUGAUGCGCGAGUGCUGGCAAAGGAACGACAUCAACCGACCCAGCUUUCGUGAGAUUCACUUGUUUCUUCAACGAAAAAAUCUCGGUUACAAACCCGGUGAGUCAAAUGAUACCUGAUACAGAGAACUGGAAGGCUGGAACCUUAUCCGGCUUUCUAUGAUCGGCGAACUAAAUGGCAAUUGGUGGAACUGCCCCUCAUCGACCAAGCUAGACCAAGUCAGACCAAGUUAGUACCUAGAUUGACGAUCCAUAAAUCGUCCGAAAUGGACGUAGGUAAAUCGUCCGCGAUGGUCCGUGGUCGUAUGCGUAUCGAUGAUAUUGUAGCAUGAAACUGCGUUCACGAAGAAAGCGCGUACAAGCACGCCGCCACGUGCUGAUCGCACGCGAAUUGCAUUUCACCAGGCAUUACAUUAAUACGAUAAUCUUUUCGUUCGACCGACCAGGCGUCUCUGCGAAUUUAAUUACUAAUCGGUAUAAAUCGCACAAAUUACAUCAUUGUCAUUGCAGUACUCGUGUUCAAACCGCGAAAACAUCGUCUGCGCAAAAUUACCUUCUCGUUGGAGAUGCCGUUACGCGAAUCAAAGCGCUGCGGAUCAUUAACGUUGUCAAGAAUGAAUCAACGUUCGUUCACAGUCUGAUCACAUAUAUUGUUCGAAAAUACGUGUGAUUGGAUAACGUGGGAUUGCAUGUAUCAAAUUUAUAUAUUUAAUUAUACACGCCCGAACGUAUGCGGUACAUCGCUCGAUCUUCCAGUUGGUCUUUAAAAUGCAACUUGCUUUGCAUUUUCAUCUCGCUGGCGUCACAUCGAUCGCCCAGAAAAAUUACAUCAUCGACCAGUCAACUCGAUCUUGCGAUAAUGAUUACGAGUAUCCACGGUACCGUAUCCACACUCGCGCAAUCGAAACGGAUAGAUUAUGAUUUUGAUCCGUGGCAUUCGAUACGCGAAAUGGAACGUUACUAGCGCCGGCAAUACGCGGGGAGCACGUUCGAUAAAUCGCACAUACGCUGUUCCGAAAUUGAUACUGUCAGCAAACAAGCUUAUGAUAUUCCCACCGUAACAGCACUCGCGUCACGUUCGGGAUAUACGUGGAUCGGACUCGAAAAUCGCGCGUGGUACGUACCCAUCGACGAAUAACGUAGUCGAUUCGCUUCAACGAAGGAAAAAAUGGACCUUUAUCCCUACUUGAGGUCAGUCGACUUUCGCAUGUGGGAUUGCGUUAUCCGUUUUUGAGCCUUUUACACAUCAGUUUCAUAUAGACGCGUUUGCGAAAGAAACUCGUUUCUUCGGGAAACAUAAAUCUACACACAACACAGCACACACACACACCACACACACACACACACACACACACACACACACAUCGCGCGCGCGUAUACAUAUAUCGUUUCUAAGACAAUUAAUUAAGUGAGUUGUUGGUUUUAGGGAAGCGAGAAAUUUAUUGCGAGUGCAUACAACUGAAUCGACUGUACUAUUGAUCGAUGUGCUUCUGAUGGAGUUUAACAUAGGCGAAACUACUCGUUCUCUUUGCAGGACCGUUUUAUUCUCAAAGUUCACAUUCGAGAAGACAAAUGUAUAGACAAGCUAAUUAUCGUUGAUCCGACCAGGUUUAAUUGCGCGCGCGACCAAUAUCCUUCCCUCCGAUUCACUCGAACGACGAUUCCUCGUUAACAUUUUAAUUGAAUACCCGCCGCAGCAGCGCGCAGAAAGAAUUAUACGAACGUUGCUUCAAGGAGCUUAUCAGUGCACAAAGAAUAACGAAAUGGUUUCUGAGAGAAAGGUUCUGUAAAAUUAAUCAGAGCGUUGCGCCAUAUAUUAUAUAUAAGAAACAUUUCUCCAAGAGUUCGGAAGAAGUAAUUUUAAGCCAUGAGUUUGCGUUAAGUUCCCUGAAACUACUAUUAAGCUUAAGAUGCGCUUAGCCAAAGUGCAUAAAUGUUUGACAAUACCAUUAGAGGUUGCAGUAUAUAUUCAUAUGUAGAAUGUGUAAAGAACGUUACAAGAUUAAUGGAUGAUGUAAAAAUGAUUAGGUCAUCGGUCUAGGACCGAUGUUUCUACUGGCGGUCGCAUCUCAUAAUCGUUUCCGGAUCGCAAGCCCUAUCAAGUCAUAAAGCUUUGCUAUCAAGCUGGAUGUAACGCGAUCCUGAAGCGAAAAAAAAGAGAAGCAUGUGUGAUCUGAUGUUAAGUUUAUAGCAUGGAAUAAAGACGGGCGAUUUACCCGGCAAAAUAUUUUUGCUCGGCACAACAUGCAAACUAGUAUCCGAUAGCUCGUGACUUUGUAAACGGUCCACGGACUACGAACAUUUUCUAUUAAGGGAAGCUUAAUUGUUUAUGCGUCUCGUGAUGAGCAAAGUUAUGCAACUAACCAAUUUUAUACCCGAAAUCUCCAGGUCCUUUAUCUGAUCGGCUAUGCUCCAACAGCAAAAUUCAUUUCCCAGGUAAAUCGCCAUCGUUAAUGUGAAAUAACAAAAGGCUUAUAUAUUUGUUAGAGUGAUUCCGUAUGAGAUGCAAUAGAGAGAGCAACCGCGGAAAAAAAUCAAGAGCUGCGCAAAACGUGACAGAAAUAUUCCGCGACGUUCAAAGUGAUCGGAAAAAAUUUUGCGUAAAUUCACGUAAAUUCCGAUACGUUGUCUCGUGCAAGCUAGAAGGAGCUCACGCUUUCUCUCGUGUUCUGUAAGAUAGGUAAGACCUAGAAACGGUGAAUGUGUGUAUGGUUAAAUAGUUGACAGAUUUUCAUUGUUUUUAUUAUUGUACCUAAACAAAUCUAUAUUUCUUUAGCGUCUAUAUCGAGAUUAAAAGCAAAAUAGGAUCGAGAUAAGAUACCAGUUCUUAACUCUUGUAUGUGUAAAUGAGCGGCGUUCUCUCAACGAUACUGAUUUUCACUUUUCGAUUACAGGAUAUAGAGCUAAAUGAUGACAGUGGAAAUAGUAAAUUUGUAAUAUCGUCUAUAGGUACGCGGUACGCAACGAUAAUGUACUAGACAAAACUAAAGACGAUAACUCUCUUGAGCACUACUGCCACUUGCGAUAGUGAAGCAAGUAUAUCGAGUGAUAUCUAUUGCGAUCUUAAUUCGCAACUAAUUCGAGGCUCAGCCUCUCGAUCUCAGUCAGCCUUUAUAUAAAUUUCUCCCGAUUGUUUGUACAUUCGUGUUCAACGUUUGAAAUGUCCGAUAUGAUGAAUAUGAUCGCUGGAAAAAAUCCAAAGUCGAAUGUUCGAUCAUGCAGAACUCGCGGAUAUAUCUUUUACACGGAUCCGAUAUGUAUAUAAUAACUACUUGAAAAUAUAAAUACAUAAUACGGCUGUAAUUUUAGACUGAGGCUUUUUGCGUGAUCGAAUACAAUUCGAGUUACGUUGAUGCAUGUUUCUUCCUACAAAAAGAAAUGUAAAAAGGAAAUUGUUCGCGCAUAGUUUUUUACAUUGAUUUCGUCUAUUUUCAAUUUUGAGAAAAUUGCAUAAGUAGGUAGAGUCGUGUCGGUAUUUGAGACAAGUAUAGCUUCUUUUGUACCGUAAGAAAACCUCAUCAUAUCUUGACAUAUCUCAUACGGAAAAAUUCAACAUAUCACACACAUAUCGUUACUCUUUUAAUUGAAAGGAGACAGUUCAUUUGAACGGAUAGUCCGCGACGACAGUUCUUUCUGUAGGAAGCAUUUUGGAUGUCUUGGAGGAAAGCGUUCGUAUGGGGAUUGUUGUAGAUUAUUACUUAAUCGGGUAAAUUCUGCGGAUUAUUUAUGCCCAUCGUAGCGAUAAUCUAUUAAGCUGAACAAUGGAGGGACUUUGUACAAUUUUUCAUAAGAAAAUCCCAUUUGUAAACGUAUCGAUUCCGCGAUUUCGUGUUUAUUCGAACGAGUGCAUCUCGGCAAGAGUGGAUGAAGCCGCAAAAACAAGACUGCAGAUACCUCUCGAAUGCAGCGCGUAUAUACCGUUAUAGGUAUAUCUGUCCUAUAUCACGUUACCGUUGACCGUUGGUCAUGUUAAGCAGCAUCGUGUUUCGUAUUUCCGACUAAACUAAGAGAAACAUGUCUACCAAGCAAAAUUGACAUAAUAAAAUUUCCCUAUUCGCCUAUACUCGUUGAUAUAUCGCCUCGAAAUAUCAACGGAAUAUCAUUUAGUGUAACAUGUAGCGCAUGAUACGUAAUCAUUCGAGACAUCGAAAGAGACAAUAUCGACAGAGUGCACGUCAUCGCUGGUACGAAAUAUAAAAUACUAUUUCAAUGAGAAAAUAACUUUAACUUUACCAUUUCUCUGGCGAACGAAAAAGAUUUACACAAUUUAUUCGGGUAUCGCUCGAGCGUAUCCACGUUCGUUGGAGUCUGAUUCUCAUUGAACGGCGCGUUCUCUCUUUUACUGGCUCAAACGAGCUCUAUUUUUCAUGCGUAUGCAGCCAAUGGCAGCGGGCAGCCGAUCGCGCGCGCUCGCCUCUCGCCGUUAGACGCAAACAAAAGUCGAAACUCGGACGCUCCGAGUACACGCGGAUUCCACGUUUGCCGAUGGAAUUUAAUAUCUGCUGCCUUCGUUACGAAACACGCGGUCGUGCUUUUUUCGCCCUUUUCCACUCGUCCUCCACCCGCUACCGCUAUUCAUUCUUUGCGCUCGUUUCUCAACACGAUCGAGACCGGUAUCGGUCGAGAGACGCGAUCUUCUUCGCUUCAAACAUGUGAUAUCCACCAGUCGAGAAACGAGAAACGAGUUGGAACAACAAAUUCAAUUAAUUAAAUUGCAUUGCAACACCGUCGUUGCUAUUUGACUGGUAUCGCGUUUGCCAAUUUGGCAUUUGUAUUCUUUGAUCUCUGCUAAUCGCAUUCGCAGAAUGCUCGGCGAGUUACUAAACUUGGAAAAAGUCGACAAUCCGCAUGUAUCGUGAUUUAAUGAUUCGUAAAUUUCCGCGUAAUGUAAUUUUAUUCUCCGAGACUUUCUUCGCGUAGACUGUCGUAGACCUUUGGUUCAUCCGUUAGCAAUCAGAUAAUUUAAGUAGAUAAUGUGCUCUCUCUCUCUGUCCUCCUUUCUCUUUUCCAUCAUCCCUCGCUCAUCACGCUAGUCUCACUUUGGACAGAUAAAUAUCCCCGUUUCAGACCGCUAGACUUCAAGCUGCACACGCACGACAAAACGACGGCGCACGCGGCAAUCUCUGCGUGCAAAUAUAAACGGCGAAAUGGGUUGUAAAUAAGCAGAUUGCGCACAACGGCUAGUACAGGGCCAGUUAUCUAUUGUUAUCUGCGGGCGUAUUGACUACCGUACGGGCGGUGGUCAGACGUAUCACCCCGGCUGUACUUCUCUUCCCUGGCGAUUCUGUAUAAAUGUCACGCACUUGUAUUUAAUACGUUUGUACAUAGCGAAUUCGUUUUCAAUAAAUAUUCAACGCUUUCA